AAAAUCCUAAACUAAGACGACUGGGAACGCAUUCUCCUCCAUUGUUAUAAAAGGCAAAAAACGAAACUCUCCUCUCUGUAAUCUUCCCCGUACCCAACCGUUCUUUUCUCCGACCACAAAACCUCCGACUAACGACGUUUCUGCUAUCGGACAACCCAUCGCCGCUGAAAAUGGUAUUUGUUUUAGUCCCCUGAUUUCCAAAGAGGAUGUCCCAAGCUGACGUCUCUUACAGCUGUGGAUCUUGUGGGUACCCAUUGAACUUAACCUCAUCAAAUCGAAUCACCUCCAGUAUAGGCUCUGAGUAUCACAAAUCUGUAAAGAAGGGUCUUAUCUCCUUUCUAUCUGUUGAUCUGAGUCGAUUCACGCAAGUUGACGAGGUACAUUGUUUUCCUGUUAGCUGGGUCCGAUAUCGGUCAAAAACUAAACUCCUUUGCCGUAAAUGUGGGGUUCAUAUAGGGUACGGGUAUGGAGAUGUGCCUGCUCUCUGUGGUUUUGACUCUCCCAACUCAUCUGGCGCCACUUAUAAAAAGUUUUCCAUAAAAAUCCGAGCUGUACAGCCUUCAGAGGAGUGCUAACAUGGUUGACAUGGUGGGCGGUGUUACUUCAAUUAUGCUCCUACCUGAUGAUUGCCUCUGUUUUAUUUUCAACUUUCUGGGCUGUAGGACUGACCGAGAAUCAUUUGGCCUAACUUGCCACCGUUGGUUUAAUAUUCAAAACCUGCAACGUCGAUCAUUACAAUUUCCAUGUUCUUUCGGUAUUCUUGGCCCUUCCUUGUUAUCUCUAAGCUGUACCGACAUCAGCUCAUUCCAUUUUUACAGGAUUCUCACCCGUUUUCAGCAUUUAGAGUAUUUAUCCCUCUCUGGUUGCACAGAGCUAUCGGAUUCUGCCCUAAACUACUUGAAACCCUAUGGUUCAAGACUGCAAACCUUAUGUCUGGACUGUUGUUUUGGAAUCAGCAAUUAUGGGAUUUCCCUGGUUGGUGAAGGUUGCCCCUCCUUGACUACUAUAAGUCUUUACCGAUGCAACAUUACUGAUACCGGGUUAGAAGCUUUAGCUAAUUCUUGCUUGGCUUUGAGGCAUGUGAAUCUUUCUUAUUGCCCAUAUAUUUCCGAUUCCGGGUUGAGUGCUCUUUCUCAAAGGUGCUGUGAGCUUCAAGCAAUUAAGAUAUCCAGUUGCAGGGGUGUAAGUGGUGUUGGCGUACGAGGUUGUUCAUCAACACUGGUUUACAUCGAUGCUGAGUGUUGUAACCUUGAACCCGAGGGAAUAAUGUCCAUCGUUAGUGGAGGCGGGCUUAAGUUUUUGAACAUUGCAGGUUUAAGUUGCUCGAACUUCAGAAAUGGAUUGGAAGCAAUCGGGAAUGGGUUUGCGGCGGGGCUUAAAAUCCUCAGUCUUCGAAUGUGUAGAAGUGUUACCGAUGCUUCUAUUGUUGCAAUUGCAAAAGGGUGUCCACAACUUCAGGAGUGGAACCUGGCAUUGUGUCAUGAGGUUAGGGUUCUUGGAUGGGCUUCCAUCGGAUCAAACUGCCAUAAUUUAGAGAAACUCCACGUGAACCGAUGCCGGAACUUGUGUGAUCAAGGGUUGCAGGCUCUGAGAGAAGGGUGCAAACAGCUCUCCAUUUUGUACAUGAGCCGGAAUGGCUGGAUAUCGGAUACAGCAGUGGAGUUGUUUAAACUGUAUAGAUGUGAUGUGAAGAUUACGUUCAAAGAAGUAAUGUCGAUAGGGCCUAAUUGGACCAACUUAGAUAGCUAUUAUGAGUAAAAAAGAUUGAUCAUCUUUAUUUGGGAUGCAAUAGAAGAAUUUGAUGUUAACUUGAGGCAAUUUUCAUGCUGCACGAGACAAUGCUUAGGUUUUGUUGUUUUUAUCUGUUGCAUUCAGUUAGGACAAGAUAUCAAGAAACUGAAGU